ACAGAGAUAGACACACAAACAGGGUUGCUUUCAAUGGAGCCAUAAGGUUUACAAUACAAAUUUGUCCAGCUUGUCUCCAAUUAUCAUGACUAUAAGAAAUCUUUAGGCAUUCCAAGUGAUCUCAGUGAAUGAUGUAAAGUCAUCUAUAUUAGUGUUAAAAACGAUUACAUUAUAAAUUACUUUAAGUUUCAGUUACUCCCCAUAGUAAAUCAAGGGGUUAGCAGAGUUGCUAUUAUUUCUGGAACCAGCUUUCGUGAAUGCUACUUUUACCUCAAGAAUUUCUGUUUUGCCUUUUUUCUCAUCACAUGGCAACAGAAUCAGGAAAUGUUAAGAACAUCCCAUAAUGCUCUGCUAUCUCAAGUGGAUGAGCUCAAAACAGAACUGAAGGAAAAGAACAAAAGGGUGGUGAGUCUGGAAAGUCAAUUGGCAGAUAUGUCAGUUCUACGGAUUACAGUGAGAGAGUUUCAGGACAGAGUGGAAGAUUUGAAAAGAGAGAGAAAUCUGCUGAAGGGAAAUCAUGACAGACUCUUAAAAAACAUGUUAAACAGCAGCAAUCAGCCUCACUGGAGCACUGACCUCAUGAAGGAACGGCUUCAGCAGAAAGUCUCUCAUCUACAAGAGCAGCUGGAUUCUGAAGUAGCAGAGAAGAGAAAGAUCUUGGUUCAGUUGGCUAAGGAACAGGCUGAAAAUGCCGACCUGAAGCAGGAAGUCACCCAGAUGCUAAUGAAACAUAAAAAGGAAGUAGAACUUCUCCAACAGAAAACUGCCACUACUACCACUACUAGUAGUCAAUCAGAUCCAGAUAUUUUGCAACCUUCGUAUCAAGAUUAUACUAAAGAAACACAGACACAGGAACUGAAUCCUCCACAAGAAAUCAAAGAGGAGGAAAAGAACCUGUCUUGGGCUUACAAUCAGAUGAAGGCGGCACAUGCAGAAACUGCCCUAGAACUGGAGAAGACAAGAGACAUGCUCCUUUUGCAGCACCAGAUAAACAAGCACUAUCAGGAUGAACUGGAAAUUGUGAAGAUAAAAGCUGAUAAUAGUGAGAAAGAGCACAAGGAAGAGUGGGAGAAGUUGAAUCAACUGCUGGACCUCAAGAACAAUCGCAUUCAACAGCUGGAAGCACAGCUCAAAGAUGUAGCUUAUGGUACCCUGAAGUUUCCACUGCAUCUGGAAAUACCAGUCCAUGAGGAGAAUAUGAUAGACUGUCUUCAGCUGCACCAAGGAAAUAAUGGAGAAGACUUUGGGACAUUGGAUUACUGGAUGAGGCUGAAAUUUCCUAUAGCACACAGCCUACAGGCAUACAAUAAGCGAUUGAAAGCCCAAACAUACCUGUCUGCUAAUGUGCUUGGAGCCAGGAAGGCUCAGCCAAAGGAGGGCAGAUCAGAGAUUUUCAAGCAUAGAAAUCAGUUGUGGGUGGAAAUCAUCAGGUGCUGCAACCUCCGGAGUCGACGUUUGGGGGCACAACCCAGCCCAUAUGCCAUGUACCAAUUCUUCACCUUUUCUGACCAUGACACACCCAUCAUUCCUGCCAGCAACCAUCCCCAUUUUGGUGAUCAGGCCAGCUUCUCAGUGCACAUGACCUUGGAACUGGAUCAAUAUCUCAGGCAGAUGGUCCUGCCUAUAUAUGUGUUUGAUGACAACGAUUUGGAGCUAGGCUGGUUCCUUGGCAAAGCUCAGGUACCUUUGCUGCCUCUUGCACAAGAUAAAGUCAUUAAAGGUAACUUCAACCUCAGUGACCCUAUGGGGAAACCCAAUGGGUCCAUUGAAGUGAAAUUGGAGUGGGAGUCCCAAUACCUAUCUCCAGAGGGUUCAGAAAAGCCAGAAACCACCCAGUCUGUUGAAAAGGACAAGAAGGCACCCCUGUCUGUGGAAAAUCACAAGGAAGCACCUUUAUUUGUAGAAAAACACGAGGCAAACCUGCGAGUAGAAGAUUACAAUGAAGCACUCCCUUCUGGAGAAAACGAGGCAGAUUUGCGUCUAGAACGUGAACACGAAGCACCCCUCUCUGUGGAAAAGUAUGAGGCACCCCUUUUCAAAGAAAAUUGUGAGACACCACCCCGACCGACAGAAACAUACGAGGCAAACCUUUCUGUAGAAGAUUACAAUGAGGCCGACUUGUCUGUAGAAAUUUACAAUGAGGCGAACCUUCGCGUAGAAGAUUAUGAGGAAAAUUUACCUAUAGAAAAAUACCACAUAAACCCAUCCUUAGAAAAAAGGGAAAUCAAGAUGUCCAAAGAAAACGCUGACGAGGCCAAGAUGUCUAUAGAAGAUUAUGAGGAGGCAAAGCCGCCAAUAGGAAACUGCGAUGAGGCAAAGCCGCCAAUAGGAAACUGCGAUGAGGCAAAGCCGCCAAUAGGAAACUACGAUGAGGCAAAGCCGCCAAUAGGAAACUGCGAUGAGGCAAAGCCGCCAAUAGGAAACUACGAUGAGGCAAAGCCGCCAAUAGGAAACUGCGAUGAGGCAAAGCCGCCAAUAGGAAACUGCGAUGAGGAAAAGUCGCCAAUAGGAAACUACGAUGAGGCAAAGUCGCCAAACUGUGAUGAGGCAAAGUCGCCAAUAGGAAACUGUGAUGAGGCAAAGCCGCCAAUAGGAAACUGCAACAAAGAAAAACAGUCCAUAGAAGUUUGCCACGAGUUCAAGCCAUCUAUAGAAAACUGCGAGGAGACCAAGCUGUCUUUAGAAGAUUACGAUGAGGCAAAGCUGGCUAUAGAGAACUACAACGAGGAAAAAGAGCGUGUAGAAAAUUGCAAGGAGGCUAAGCUGUCUCUAGAAAAUUGUGACGAGGAAGAACAGUCUCUAGCAAAUUGCGAGGAGGCCAAGCUGUCUUUAGAAGAUUAUGAUGAGGCAAAGUUGGCCAUAGAAAACUGCGACGAGGAGAACAAGUCUCUAGAAAAUUGUGACAAGGCCAAACUCUCUCUAGAAAAUUGUGACGAAGUUGAACAGUUUAUAGAAAAUUGUGACGAGGCCAAGCUGUCUCUAGAAAAUUGCGACAAGGCUACAGAAAAUGGGGAAGAGGCCAAGCUGUCUCUAGAAAAUUGCGACAAGGCUACAGAAAAUGGGGAAGAGGCCAAGCUGUCUCUAGAAAAUUGCGACGAGGAAGAACAAUCUAUAGAAAUUUGUGACGAGGAAAAACAGUCUCUAGAAAAUAGUGACAAGGCCAAGCUGUCUCUAGAAAAUUGUGACGAGGAAGAACAAUCUAUAGAAAAUUGCGGCGAGGCCAAGCUGCGUCUAGAAAACUUCGAGGAUGACAACCUGUCCAUAGAAAACUCUGAUGAGGCCAAGCUUCCUAUAGAAAACCGUGAUGAGGAAAAAGACUCUAUAGAAAAUGACAAGGAGAUGCCCCUACUGGUAGAAGAUUAUAAUAAAGCACCCGAACCUAUAGAAAAUUAUAAUGAGAAACUUAUAAAGAUUCCAACUGAAGAAGAAAACAUUUUAUUUCACCAGCAGAUGAACGAGGACAAAUUAUCAGGUGCUAUUGAUGAGGCAACAAAAGAGCCAGAAGAAUGUUACCCAGAAGUCAAGCAGCAAGUGUUUUCAUCUCCUGACACUGCAACUAAUCGACUUUCUGAACAAGCUGAUGAAGUCAGCGAAACACAGACAGCAGACAGUGAUGACGUCAUAGUGACACCCCUGUCUCAGAAGGGGCCUAAAACAAAUUCAGACAAGAUUUGCAUUGAAAUUGUGUCCCUGGCUUUUGACCCUGAGGCUGAAGUGAUGUCUGAUGAGAGCAUCCAGCAGGUGUAUGUGGAGUACAAAUUUCAUGAUCUGCCCUUGUCAGAGACAGAGACACCUGUAUCCCUUCGGAAACCCAGGGCAGGGGAAGAUAUCCACUUUCAUUUCAACAAAGUGAUAGACCUGAAUCCAGUGGAACACAGAGACCGAAGGAAGUUUCUUUUUUCUAUGUUGCAAGAAAAAAAUCCUGAGCAGAGGCAAUUGAAAUUUAUAGUGGUGAGUGAUCCUGAAGAGCAAAAGAACGAAUGUCAAGAAGUAGGCUAUGCCUAUUUGGAACUGUGGCAGAUUCUGGAUACAGGAAGAGACAUUUUAGAACAAGAGAUAGACAUCAUCAAUCCUCAGGAUAAAGUCAGCUCCAUUGGAAAACUGAAAGUGUCCCUUCAAGCAACUGAUGCACUUCAGGCCAUUUUCAAGGAGAUGGGUGAAAAUAUGCAUUUGUGAUAAAGCAGAUACAAGGGGCCUCUUAUUUAAAACAAUAUAUCACAGGGUCAUUUUGAGGGAACCAUUGUAAAAAUCUGCUUACAAAGUGCUUUGCUAUUCCACAGAUUUAUACCCCAUACACUUAGUGACAUCUGGUGUCUCCCUCACUAUCAUGGAGAAAGCCUAGACUCAUUGUUACCUUUUUUGUCUGGUACCAACCUUUAUGAUUUACUAUCUGUUCAAAUAUGGCUCCUGCAGUGCAAGAUCUUGGCAUUUCAAUAGAUAAGAAAGCAGACAUGAGAUUUUCUCAUUAUCUCUUUUCAGGAUACUUUGGGAACUGUACACAAGAACUGUCACAAGAAGUGAACUUACAAAAAAACACAUUUUAUUCAUCAUUUAGUUCUUCCAAAGUUGAAAAUAUCAAGUCCUACUGCUAAGGAGAAAAAAACAAAAACCCUCUCUCUCCCCCCCUAAAGUCACAGGACACAGAAUGAUCUGUUCUGGGAUGGGUGAGUGCAGAGGACUAGGAGGGAAGAUGGCAAGCAAAAACCCCUCCCAAAUACUUAAAAACAAAACAAAACAACAACAACAAAAAAAAAACACAACUGUUCAACAGAAACUGUGAUAAAUACAGGACAAUGCAAGACAAGUAAAAAUGAAGAACAGUGA